AUGUCGCUGGAAUCGCAGCCCAAGGCGGCGGCAGAUGGAACCGAGCUUGCUGGUGCCCCCAAGCAGGGACCUGUGGCCAGCCAGCCGCUCAGCGUGUCGAUCCCGCAGGACCGGUCCAUCACGCCGGUGGUUCAAGAUUUUACCGAUCCCAACAUGUUCUAUCUGCCAGCAUAUUACUAUGGAGAAUUGGGUCUUCCAGGUUACGACGGAACCAUGAGCGAGUGGGAUGAAUAUACUAGAUAUGUAAAUCAAGAUGGAGUGGAGGUUACCCCAGCAGUAUAUGGAGAUAUUUAUGGAUAUGGGUAUGCUCCUUAUGGCGCGUACUCUCCAGCUAGUUCCCCAGUCCCAACAGUUGAUGGUCAGAUGUUUGCCGCACAACAUUACCAGUAUCCAGCUUAUUAUCAGCCUCCUACCCCGGUUUCUUCUACCACUCAAGGUGAGCAGCAGCCUUCGGCCAAUGCUGAUAAUAAGCCAGCAGCGGCCAAGGCAGAUGCUGCCAAAACAACCACAAAUGUUGCUCCUAAUGGUACUGCUCAGAGUAACAGCGGAACUGCUCCCCUUGGGUCAAGCUACCAGAAUUCAUCACUGACCCCUGAUGGAACCUAUAGGGCACCCUUGCUAGGUGGAGUCCCUUCUACUGGUUACGUGGACUCAACCUAUGGGUAUGACACCACAGGGGCACACUAUGCUUGGUAUGAUGGUUCUGCCUAUACCAAUGCACAGCAAAGACCAACUACAGCUAAUUACACGCCGUCUUCAGCGUAUAAUAGCAAUGGCUCUUCUGCAAGGUAUCAGACCAAGAGCCCCACACCGCAGCAGACGGGCAACAGGAGACCAACGACCACAACAGGGUCAGCUACUCCUACAUACCCAAACAGGAUGUACUCGAGCACCCAGUCUUACAACCAGUAUGGAAAUUCGGUCAAAACUGGUCUUAUGUAUGGAAACACUGGCUAUGGAAGCACUGGCUACGGAAGCACUGGCUAUGGAAGCAGCGGCUACGGAAGCAAUGGCUACGGAAGCAGCGGCUAUGGAAGCAGUGGCUACGGAAGCAAUGGCUAUGAUUCCAGGUUAUAUGGUCGGUGGGGUGUUUCUAUGGAUAGCAGAUACAACAGGCCCAGAGGCCGUGGCAACGGAUAUUAUGGUUUUGGCAAUGAGAGUCAGGAUGGAACAAUUGAGCUCAACAGAGGUCCUAGGUCUGGUCGUUUCAAGAACCAGAAAGCAUUUGGCCAUACUGUUACUAUCGCUGUGAAAGGGCAGACCCUCCCUUCAAGUGAAAACAAGAAUGCUAGUGACAUACCUGAUAAGGCACAGUUCAACCUAGAGGAUUUCCCUGUCCAGUAUGAUGAUGCAAAGUUUUUUGUCAUCAAAUCAUACAGCGAGGAUGAUAUCCAUAAGAGUAUAAAAUACAAUGUGUGGGCAAGUACCACCAAUGGAAACAAGAAGCUUGAUGCUGCUUAUCAAGAAGCUCAGGCAAAGGGCUCUAGCUGCCCUAUAUUCUUGUUUUUCUCGGUGAAUACAAGUGGACAGUUUGUUGGUGUUGCUGAAAUGACUGGUCCUGUUGAUUUUGAAAAAACUCUAGAGUACUGGCAACAAGACAAGUGGAAUGGUUCAUUCUCUGUCAAGUGGCACAUUGUCAAGGAUGUUCCCAACAACAUUCUCAAGCACAUCGUCCUUGAGAACAACGAGGGCAAGCCAGUCACAAACAGCCGUGACACACAGGAUAUCAACCUUGAGCAAGGUAUCCAGAUGCUUAAGAUAUUCAAAGAGCAUGUCAGCAAGACCUCUAUUCUGGAAGACUUUGCCUUCUAUGAGAACCGCCAGAAGUUGAUGCAGGAGAAGAGAAUAAAACAACAGCAGAUCCAAAAGCAGGUGUGGGACAGCAGGGCUCCGAACCCUGUUGCUGGAGAGAAACAACAGGAAGUCGCCAACGGGAAGCCAAAGGUAUCUGUACCGAACGGUGUCAAUGGAGAGAAACAGCAGGAUGCCGUCAAUGGGAAGCCAAAGUCGCCUGUGGUGAAUGGUGUUAACGGGGAUGCGAAGGUUCCGGCAGAGAAAGCCGCUGCCACCGCUGCUCCUCCGGCCGUUACCUACGCGGCGAAGGUGGCCCAAACAGCAGCGGCCGAGAAGAAGCCUGUGGCGACCGAGAAGAAGCCUGUUGUCGCCAACGGUGCUGUCAAGACCGGAGUAGCUGCUUGA